CAAGCUUUGUGGCUCAAGCCUCUGUGAAUCACCUUGAGAUAGAGAAACCUCUUCGACCCGCCUCUACACUAUUACUACUACGUACGCAAAUGCCUAUGACAUCGUCCGUUGGGAUUGCAGCUCAGAGGGCACCUUGGACCGUCUAUUCGGUGGUGCUACUCGUCCACAGCAUACCCACCGCGAUUUCCGUGCAGGUACAGACGAUGGAUGAGCUUGAGAUGAUGCAAGGAUCUAACAUCAGCGCGGCGAUUCCGCUGAGCUCUGCCACAAGUUCCGCCACAGUUCCGUGUGCACCGUUUAACGACGACACGUGCCUCCAUCACCUGUACUGGGGAAGUGGGUACUCGUGCGCAACCGCAACAGAGUGGUGCCACUCGUGGGGGAAGGACAUGCAGCGCUGCUGCUCGUUGGCCUGCGGCACGGCCUACCUGACGGAAAAGGCGUGCAACGAGAUGGUCAGCGCGGGCACGUGCGCGUACCCCCACAGCGGCAGCAGCGCCUGCGACACCACCGGGGAGCUCAGCUCGCCGGAGGGGGCGCUGGGAGCCGCGUCCUACCCGACGCCAAGCCCCGGGCUCGUCCAGGGUGGUUACGGCGGCGCACCAGCUGCGACGCCCAGCCCGACUGAGCUGACGCUGGGUGGCUACUCGGGCGGGUUCGGCGGUUACCCAGUGGCGGCGCCAGCUGCGACGCCCAGCCCGACGGAGCCACCGACGCUGGGUGGCUACCCGGGCGGGUUCGGCGGUUACGGCGGUGCGCCAGCUGCGACGCCCAGCCCGACGGAGCCAUCGACGUUGGGUGGCUACCCGGGCGGGUUCGGCGGUUACCCAUCGGCGGCGCCAUCGGCGACGCCCAGCCCGAACACCCCACCGACGUCGGAGUUCCCGUGGGGUGGAUACGGCCCGCCGCUCGCCGGCGCCAGCACCGCCACCUUCGGGGCCGCCGCGGCCGCGCCCAUGUCCGCCACGGGCGCCGCCGCGCCCGUGUCCGCCACGGGCGACCCGCACCUGCGCAACGUCCACGGCGAGGAGUUCGAGCCGCCAGGCAAACACGUUCUGAUCCAGAUUCCACGGAAGCCGUUGAUGUACUCGCUGCUUCGCGUUGACGCGGAUGUGAAAACAUUGGGGAGAUCGUGCGCAGAUAUGUACUUCCAGGAGUUGAACAUCACAGGGGCGUGGGCGGACGUGGAGAGAAGCGGCGGCUUUCAUUAUUACGCCCAGUCUGGCAAUGACAGAGCUUCCCACUGGAUGCACUUCGGGAGCGUGCAGUUGAAGGUCGCCCACGGGCGCACGCGGGAGGGCACCAGAUACUUGAAUUUCUACGUUCGGGAUUUGGCGCGCGCAGGGUUUGACGUCGGAGGCCUGCUGGGAGGCGAUGACCACACGGAGGCGUCAAUGCCCCCGGAGGAGUGCGCCCAUCGCCUGGCCCUGUAGGCGCGCUGCUCGUGCCUGGCACGCUCGCUCCAAGACUCGACAGCUCCUCGCCUCGCAGGCCUGGGUGAAAGUGAGCUGGUCUGCCUGUGUGCCCGUCGAGUUUGGGUGCGAGGCUCGUGGUUUUCCGGCGGUUUCGUCGGUUCUCGGUAGCGUUCUGGCCCCGGGGUGCUUUCCAGCGGCUGCGCCUCACCGAGAGGUGGCCGGGCUCGACUGGAUCGGCAUAGGCGGCCGCCGAAAGCCAGGCUCGGCGCGCCCACGGCGGAAGGGGGGGCGGGCCUUCUCAUCAAGGGAGG